UUCCUCUCCUUUUCAUUAGUAGUAGCUGAACCAGUGAUGGUACUAUAAAUAGUUUCAUCAUAAAGUUUAUCAUAUUAUGUUUUCCUCAUAUUUUCAGUUAAUUGAAAGCCUUUUUAAAUCAUCCUCAUUUUAAAUACAUAGAAACUAAGACAAAGAGAAUAUAAGGAAUGGGUUUGUAUUAAAUAAUUUAAAAAUCUCCUCUGUGAAAAACAUACAAUUUCUGAAUGUCACACUUUUUUUGGCUAAUCAUAUCAUUUCAUAAUGCAUGACAUGCUUCAUAAAAAUAUAUUUCUAAAAGCUGUCUUUAAAUAAUACAACGGAGAAAUUUAAUGAAAAAUGAGUUGUCUUUUCAAAGAAAAAAAACAUCAGUGUUUACAUCAUAUAUUCAAACCUUUAGGUCAGUCAUUACUUGGGGGCAGAGGGGGAGGAGAAAAAGGAAAGUUGUAGUUGGCUCUAUGCUGGUUGCCAGGAAAUACACAAAAGCAGCAGGAACAGAAGAAACAAACAACUCCACAUGGCUGCCAAGGUGUUUUUCAGAGGGGAGCACUUCACCGGGAUGGAAACCUUGCAGCUGCCUCAUCUAGUGUCUCCAGACAAGAAAAUGCAGUUAAAAACCUCAACAUGUUCAUAGAAACAAGGUUAGCCAAAGAGGUUUUGAGAAGUUGCUUUUCUAAUGCAUUUGAAAUGAAGAUUUGAAACCGCACCCUGUGUCAGUUGCUAUAAACAUGGGGAACCUUUACCCAUUUUUAACCAAGCCAGGUUCAACAAGGUAUAAAGUGGUGGUGUUUCAAAAGGACUGGACUGUAGACUUUGAAAAAAAAAAUCAUGGAGUGAAGGAAGUGUAGGGGCUGAGGGCUUUCAUUCUCUCUCUCCCAGCUUGAACAUUGUGCCUCCUUAUUGUAAGCCUUGAAAUGUACUUUUAUUUGGAAUUCUAUUGCUAAGUUGGGUUUCUUUUCAGAGACACCUGUUGAAGGAAGCAAAGUAAGUGUAGACAUUGUUGAAGGCUGUUGAAAAGACGUGGAGCCAUUAUGAGCUGCCAGAGCGCUGCACUUGAGCUGGACGAGGGGUCACAGCCCGGGUCACAGCCAGAGAGAACCGAAGGUGAAGACCACAGCAUAGCUCUGCUUGAAAACCAACUCAGUGUGGGUGACUUUGUCAAAAUACAGAGGGCUUUUGAGGCCCCAGAGGCAAGUCAAACCACUUGUAUGUCCAGAGAAGAGUUUAUUCAGAGGAUGACAGAGAUUGUUGGUUGGGGCACAAAGGAAGAAUAUGGGAAACUCUUUGACAAAGUGGAUGUGGCCCAAGAUGGCUUCAUGGACUGGGACAAGUUGUCUUCAUUUCUGCUGUUAACACUAUAUGAAAAUGAUGAGCGCGCAAAGGCGACUGUGGUUCCCCAGUGGAAAGACCUUGAAUUCCUCCCAGGGAAACACAAGGGCACCAUUCAAAAAGUCCUUUUCUUAAAGAGCUCAAGUCGUUAUUUGACCAUCAGCAAGGAAGGCUUAUUAGGAAUCUGGGAAGAGAAUUUAAAGCUGCAAGAAACACUUCCCAUCACUCCAGAUGCCACUAAGCUCAAACAUCUGUGGGUGACAAGUCUGGUUUCUCUGGAAAAUGUAAACAAGAUAGCGGUGGCUUUUACAAGUAAAGAGAUUUGUUUCUAUGAUCUGCUGUCCAAAGAAGGAUUUCCUUGUCAAUAUAAACUCCAAGGCCUGAAAGGAACACCAAUUUGCAUGGAUUAUUGGUAUGACCCUCUUAAUACCAAUGAAUCAAUUCUGUCUUUUGGGGACACAACUGGAAAGGUCCAAGCAAUUGUUUUCACGACGUCCACGAUUUCCCUGUUUGAGCGCCCGGCUAGUGCAUGCGAAGACGAAGAAGCCACCGUGACCAUUAACUGGGCAGAAGUGCUCUCUGGACGUCACAAGUGUUGUUAUACGUUAAAGCACAAACUUCAUCAUGGAGAUUGGGUCAGGCAAGUUACCUACAAUGCGUCUUUAGAUGCUAUUAUUUCCAGCACAACCAACAAUACAAAUACUGUGGUGCUGGCCUGGAGGGAGAAAUCCAAAAAGCAUCUUCAAAUGACAUCCUUCAACAUUGCCCAGGGCAUUCAUGCUUUUGAUUAUCACUCUCAGCUCAAUUUAAUUGCAACUGCUGGCAUUAACAACAGAGUUUGUCUUUGGAACCCCUACGUCAUCUCUAAGCCGGUUGGCGUCCUUUGGGGUCACUCAGCCAGUGUGAUAGCUGUCCAAUUUUUUGCUUCAAGAAAACAACUUUUCAGCUUCUCCCAAGAUAAAGUAAUCAGCUCUGAUGUGGGGUCAACUGUUUCCUUCUGGAUGAUAGACACUGGGCAAAAAGUCAAACAAUUUACUGGUUGCCAUGGAAAUGCAGAAAUCAGCACUAUGGCCCUUGAUGCAAAUGAGACACGGCUUUUGACUGGCAGCACAGAUGGAACUAUUAAGGUGUGGGACUUCAAUGGAUAUUGUCACCACACACUAAAUGUUGGGCAAGAGGGAGCUGUGGAUAUUUCACAGAUCCUGGUUCUUAAGAAGACAAUACUGGUUACAGGCUGGGACAGGGCCAUUACUGUGUUUCGACCUCAGAACUUCAAUCAAUUUUCUGUCCAGCCUGAAGAAUGGAAAGGAGGAACGCAGCACCAAGAUGAUGUCUUGUGUGCUGCAUUUUCACCUCCGCAAACUCUUGUUACAGGGAGUUACGAUGGAGAAAUUAUUCUGUGGAACAGUCGAACAGAAAAUGCUCACUAUGUCCUUCACCCGGAUUACCAGAGGCUGCUAAAAUCAAAAUCAGAUAUAAAGCCUCAAAAGCUCCUCGGUGUGGGGAGGGGCAGCUCCAGCCACCCCACAGCAGAGCAGGCUGUCCGGGAAGCUGGCUCCUUUGAGACAGGCUCCGCGGGCAAUAAUGCUGUUAUGAGGCUUUGCUUCCUUGAGGCAAGAAAAGACAUUGCAAUGACAGGAGGCUCUAACUUGGUGUCAUGUGGAGGGUCUGGGUAUGUCAGAUUCUGGAAUACAUUUAAGAAGCAACUUCUGGCUGAAUUUUUGGCUCAUAGUGGAGUUGGAUCUAUUAUUAUGGCUACUGACAAAUUGAAUCGAUACCUCACCACAGGAGAUCUUGACGGAUGGAUAAAUGUCUGGAAUAUAGAGGAGUACUGUCUUAAUUCUAGUGAGAAUAAAAUCACACAGAGGCCAACUCUGAUAAGAUCCUUCCAACCUCAUGCAGACCAGAUAAGUUCCUUAGCGAUGUGUGAGCCCGGCGGCAGGUCACUGAUUAUCUCGUCCUCCGCAGACUGCAGCAUUUGCGUGACGGAUGUCUGCGGUGCUUCUGUCUGGAUCUUCGGUCAGACAAAGCAUUGGCAGAUUGAAAACUGUUUUUCUCUUCCUAAGAAAGAUAAUAAUUUAACAAAAACUGAGACUCAAGAAGAGAGUGUGACGGAAAUUCCUUUACUUUCUAAGGAGGAAUCAUGUUUAGACCCAACAGAACUUCCUCUAUUUGAUAAGAAAAACAAAGCUGAGUCAACACACAAUGUCAGACCAUCAGAAGUCAUAAAUUUAGGUAUAAAAUAUAAGAAAAGAACCGUAUGUAAGCAAAAAGCACAUAACGUUUACAACAGUGAAGUUAUACAAAAACCAUCCAGUGUAUUUAGGUCAUUAAGCAUCGGAGCCCUGAAAGAGCUGCCUGAAGUGCGUAAACCAGCUUUUCUUCUAGACCCUGAGAAAUACUUUAGGGAAGAGCCACAGAAGGAGUAUCCCCAAAUUCUGGAGGACCCAUCACCUUCUGCGACUUUGAAAGCUGUAUUUGUUGAGAAAAACCUGUUUCCCAAAGACUUUCUGGAUCGUGAAAGAAGAGCCAAGCAAUUAUGUCAAGAAACAAGUAGUGAAGUGAAGAUAAAAAGAAAUAAGAAGCAAUUAUGACUGAAAGAAAAAUAAAUAUUUCAUUGACACAUGAAGUAUGUGUAUAAAAUACAUAAAAGAAAUGAAGAAUUUUGUCCAUUCCUUUUUAUGUUGUCCUUCAACUUUAGAAUGAUUUAUUUUCAGACAAUGCUUUUAUCUAUUACCUUUCACCUUCCCUUUACUUUCGAAAAAAAGACAGAUUGGACUGAAGAGGGGGCAGCAUCAAUUGGUAUUACUUAUUUGCAAGUGUUUUUAUAUAAAAAAUGAACUGUUUCAGAACAAAGCAUUUGACCAGUCACACUUUUGGUUGCUACUACAGAAAAUAUUUUGGUCAAUUUUUAUUGUAAAACCUGCAUUGAAAUUAAACACAAUAAGUACUGACACAUUAUAUCUACAAA